AGUAGUUUUCCGAAAAUUCUGUAAUUUGUGCACACAAACUCUCUCGAAUUUCUCUAAGGUAGAAAAUAGAAGUAUGAAAAAAUGCUAUUCUUUGGCUGCCGGAUAAAAAGGACCAUGUGUCUAAUGUGAUGAAUAUCGCCAAUUUGGUCAAGGGAAUGAUUUAUCUAGAUCCGAAAAAUGCAAUAGCUCAAAUCCAAGACUGAUAGCCGAUUAUCUCUCAUCCUAUUUUGCCUUCACUUCCUCCCUCUAGCCUGUAUGAUGAGUGAUAUUGACUCCGUCCAGCAAUGGCUACAAGAUCUACGUUGGAUGACCGAAUCGGAAUGUAUGACCGUGCUCCAAGGAAAGUCGUUGACGCAAGAUGGCAGUAGUCAAUCGCCGUCACCGCCGCCCAAGAGCCCAAAAGAGCACAUUGACAUAAUUCGAGGUCGUGCACACAUCAUCAGUCUGGAAUUCUCAAAGCUAUUCAAGAAAUUGGAUAAGGAUAGGUGGCAUCAUAUUCGGCGGAGUACCCAUCGACUUGUGGCGAAUUUGCGUUCCCUUGUCCACGAGUGCGACAGUGCCCUCCCAAUGUCUCCGCCACAUAUCUGGGAGUCAAUAGCCCAAUUUACGAGUCCUAAGUACUGUUGCUGGCUGCAAGAAGAGAUCGUAAUGGAAGGAUGUACGACACUGCAAGAUCUGACGCAGGAGUUCUACGACGAAUCCCGCCAUGACGAUCGCGUCCAUAGCCGUAUCUACGAUUUGCUAACAUAUCUGGGACAAGCAUUUAGUAAACUAGUCGACGGGGUGUUGGGCAGUUUGACGCAGAAUCUGAUCCACUGCAUCGAGACAAGUCCCAGUCCAAAUGCAAUAAAGUACGCCCUACUCGAUUUGAUCAGUCUCGGCCUGGAUGGCGAACACAUGUGCUACAUCAUUGCCAGGGAGCAAGGCAUCUCAUCGCUACUGGAACUGUGCAAGAAGGAACUGUUUAUAAGCCUGUGGCCACAUGCCCUCAGGGCAGUCGCGACUGUGUGCUGUGUGUCAGAAUGUGUUCAGGACUUGGAGAAGGCAAACGGUGUUGAGCAUCUGACUGAUAUUUUGAAUAAUUACUCAGUGACCGAAUAUACUCGAUCAGAAGCGGCAGGGGUCGUCGCUCAGAUUACAUCACCCUGCCUCGACCAUUAUCAUCAUCUCAAUGGAUUCUUAGAGAAUAUGGAGGAUCUGACCAGAUCAUUAACAGUAUUGUGUGUAGAAGCAUCAAGCCCAGAGGUCUUUCUGUUGGGGACUGCCGCCAUCGCUAACAUUACCUUCAUGGACAGUCUUGCCUGCGACUACCUCCUACAGUUUCACACUGCCAAAGUAUUAAUUGAUGCCUCACAGCUACAUAAAGCGGAAUCUCUCUUUGCCAAAGACCAGGUAGCAACUGUGUUGGCCAACAUGGCUGUUCACGAAAGUUGCUGUGAAGAGUUAAUGGAAUCCAACGGAUUUGAGCUUUUACUGCAAUUCUUACAAGAAUCUCCACUGAAUUAUAAAACCAAUUCUGAGAUAUCUGCAUGUGAGAGGGUACAGCAGAAAUCAGCCAUAGCGUUGACGAGAUUGAGUCGUGAUCCUGAUCACGCUUGGAUCAUUGUUAAGUGUCAGGGUCUCCCAAGAUUGGUGCAGUUAUGUCGUGAAGGCAAGGAACGCAACGAAAGUGACUCUGUUUUGGUUGCAUCUCUGGCUGCUCUGAGAAAGAUAGCUGCCGUUACUGGGACGCGACAUUUAGCAUCGGAGGAUGUCCAACAGUUGAUAAAACCAAGACUUUUAGAAUCCUUCUUAAUGUGCACGAAAUUGGAAGAGACAUUCGUAUGAAGUGACAAAAUCACAUAGGCUGGAAUAUAUCUGAGGUCAGAUUGAAGCAUAGUUCUAAUCAUGUUGUGAUUAUGGAUUAUAUCUUUGUCAUGGAUGGCUGCAACAUGGCAUGGGAGUCUCUGAAGCCUGCGAUGAAAUGUUGACUGACGUCCCAAGAUGCUAGGAGGAACAAUGAGAGACUUUAUUGCCAAUGGUUGCAGCACUGGGCUGGUACUUUUCAGUAUCAAAUUGACAUAGGAUCAGUUGAUCAGUUGAUUUUGACUGUAGCAACACCUCAUCCAUAUUGGUUGAAAGUUCCCCACUGGACAGUUGAUGGAGUCCCAAGUCUGCUUCUGGUAUUAUCUUAGAGUGAACAGGGCAGUCCGCAUGGUAGAGACAUUUAGCUGAAAUCUGAUCUGAUGAUAUACAUGUUUAUGUGUAUACUCUAAAACCUUGAAUACAAGGAAUGAUGCUCUGUCCCCAAUCAUUACAAUGGUUUUGAAUGGGGAUGGGCCAAUAAGUCGGGCAUUAUUCUUUUAUCAAUGGCAUGGGCCAAUGGAGUCGCAUGUGUUAUAAUCACACUCUGAUCUUGACUGACAUUGACAGUGAAACGAAAUCAACAUCACUGGUUAUAGUAGGCCAAUUUCUUCUAGUAAAAGAGACCCAUUGUAUUGAUAUUGAGGUUUUAGAAUCCCUCCUCCAUUGUAUUAUGAUUGGGGGCGGAGCCUCAUUCCUUGUAUUCGAGAUUUUAGAGUAUAAAAAAGUAUUGGAAUAAAUCCUCAGAUAAAGGUGGGGUGGGUAAAAACCAGUCCUGUUUUAGGGAUUUUCAGAAGAUCUCCGUUUGUGUUAACUGUUGAUCUGAGACUUUCAUCUACUUUACUGCCAUAAGUCUUAUGAUGGGGAGAUGUACUGUUGGUCAAUGAUAGAGGUAAACAAUUCUCAACUUACUGAUUUUGUCAUUAAGGAAUGCAUCCAUUUAAAAAUGGACGGAAAGUUGGAGCUGCAUGGUAACGCGUCAUUCCCCCGAAGUGUGUAUGAUUUGGAAUUGGCAGUAGAGUGGAUUGGGUUCACCUACUUUUGGUGCCAUAAUAUUCAAAUUAUCUCCUGGUGCCAUUGGAUAUGACAGACCUGCAAAAACUCCCUGACGCCAGUGACGGGGACAUUAUCUCGUUUGAUGAUGUCAUCUUGUAUAUUGACUUUAUUUAUUUAGACAUCAUUAUUUAUUAAGACAUCAUUAUUUAUUAAGACAUUUGUGAUGACAUCAUUCCGGCUGAUUGCAUUGUCUGGAAUUGCAUCCUCAUCCAUAUCUUGUAAAAUGCCAUUGUCUUCAUGUUGACAGUGCCAUAUUGAGUAGUCUAAUAUCGAUCCAAUAUGAUUGAUAAAACUUUGUCUGUAAAAAAAACAUGCUAAUAGCAAGAAUAAAGAAAAGACAAGUCUUUAUCAUGUUUAUGUAUUCUUGGUACCAGGUAUGUACCACACAAAUAUCAGAUUUUGAAAUAUAAACGAUUACACUUGUAUUUUUCAGUCUUUCAGUUUAAAAUAACUGACUGCUCCAAUGUACAUACAUGUAGAUGUGUCUUUGAAAUUUGAAAUUUGAAACGUGCCUAGUUAUUCGAAUUUAUUGUCCGACUUUAUUCAAAAGUGUAUUUUGAUCUUUUUAUAGGUGUGGCUUUACUUGUCAGUUUUUGCUCAAGUCUAAUGUAUUAAUAAACAUACAAAUGUUGUGUGUGCACUUCAUCAGGUGAAAUAUCAUGGAAAUUAGCGCGCAAUAUCCAUUCCUUAUCUCUAGAGGGCGUUGUAAUGUGAGAAUGCAUAAUAUGCUAUCUUCAUUUGGUGCCGAAAACCUGUGGCUGCUGUUGGGGAAAAUUGAUAUCUACAGGGUGGCCCAGAAUUAUUUUCCCUUGCACAGUAGAAAUCUUUUGUGUAUCAAUUGUGUGAGGGAAUACAAUUCUGGGCCACCCUGUAGAUAUGAUGAUCUGGUUAUGAUCAAGGAGGGAGGUAAUAGAAAUUGUAUAUUUAUCAGAUGCUGUAGGUUACAGAUUCUAUUAAUCUUAUUGUACUUGUACCAUUCCAUAAUGUAUUUGGAUCCUUUUGUUCUGAAUUGUCAUAAAUCAUUAGUGGUUUUGCCCAUUUAUGAUUAGCCUUUUUGGUUGUGGCAUAUAUGAGUGCGGCAUAUAUGAGUGUGUCAAUAUGCCUUCGUUGCAGCGCAUAUCUUUAUGAAUGGAGUAAAUCUGUCUAUUCAUAGGUCUGAAUUAUGCAGCCCAUCCCCUAUUUUAAAACGCGUUCAUUCAGUAAAGAGAGGUAGAUAACAUUCAGUUGAUCCUUAAAAAUGUUUACUCCCCCAUUUCAUUUGCCAGACUGUCUCAACAUCAAAUUGACCCUUGGCCUUACCUGCCUAAACGUGCUAAAAGCCACUUGCCUCUACCUUCACUGCCGGUAAGUCAGCAUGCAAAUGGUGAUAGGAAACAAUGCAGUGAACCUAUGGUACAUGUAGUUCCCAAACCUGGGGGGGGUCACUCUCUAUAACAUGCAUAGAGCAUCCUUGUACUUUUCAAAUUCAAAAGACCCCCUCCAGCUGGGCCCAACCUUUCCCAAUCUCCACCCCCUUUUGUAGGCAUGUUUUCCAUUCCCGCCCCCUCUUGCUGGCAAUUUUGGCAAGAGCCAUGGUCGAUUCUGCGGCGGUAAUUUUGAGGUCUAUGGCGUGGUGCGGGGUGUUGGCAAAGCUCUCUGUGCCCUGCGCGGGUCCAACACUCCCGUCCGAAAAAACACCCCCUAUCACACAUUUUUUGGUACAAGGAUAUGAAGAGUGACCACCUGGGUUCUCAAACUGUUUCCUCCCGUAGUCGAUGGCCCAUUUUGUACAUUGAUUGAUACUCCAUAAUGUAUUGGAACAAAGGUUGGUACCGGUAAAGUUUUUCUCUCAUACUCAUGAGAUAUAUUGUCAAUAUUAUUGUGAUGCUUAUCUUGGCUACCAGGUGAUGGGUUUUAAUAUUGAUUCUAAUAUAAUCUGCUGUUAAUUCUAAGUGUCUUACGCAAGAUUGCUUGAUUUUUCAGUCGAUGUUGUUAUUUGACAGUGGUUGUUGUAGAUUAGGGUCAAUAUGUUUGCCUGUUAUGCUCUUUGAGGACUUCAAAAUAUCUGGAUUUUGGACCCGGAUGAUUGCCUUAGUAAAAUCUGGAUUGCGCAUAUGAUCGGAUACAAAAUCUAGAAUUUUUAUUCAAACUUCUGUCAACCGUACACUGAUUCUCAGUCCGCAAAUUAGUAUAGCCAAGAUUUUCUCUUUUUGCUUGGGGUUCUUGAGUAUCAGUGAGCCAAAGGUUCACCAGGCAGGCAUCAUAAAAAUGCAGCAACUAUGUGGCAAGAACUGACUGCCCCUUUUGAUUCCCAGCCCACCCUGAAUUCGACUCUGAUCUUUGACAUGUAUUAUACAGCAUAUCAUUGGACCAUCCAUUCAUGUACCGGUAAAUAAUUAUGCCCUUGGUAAAGUAGUAGGGCAUAGUGACCAAAAGGUGGCACCAAAUUUCUAAAGGUUGCAAUGAAGUACAGAAAAAACAGUCAAAAGUACCUAUAGCAUAAUAAUGGACGAAAGUGCAACUUAUAAGUUCACCAGUCCUUGAUUUGAUCAGUCUGAGGGAAGAUGGUCAUUCAACUUAAAGGUUGACCAUAGGUUCCGCCAUUUUGGCUAGACCUCAAAAUCCUAAAGCAGUUUCUUUCCAAAUGAAUCGAAUGCUCAUUUAAAGGGUAACUCGUGUCAAAUUUCACCAUAUGAUGUUUUAGCUGUUUUUGACAAAUGACUACGUCACUUUCUCAUAAAUCGGUAAGGUUUUCUAAUCGAAAUGCAUAUUUUCUAGAAAUUGAUGGUUUAAUCCCGCCCGGACGGCUCGCUUCGGCGCCGUUUUCGUUGAUGACGUCACAACAUGAACAUUUUCGUGGUCGCGGUGGUUUACAAUCAGCAAUUUUAUAAUAAAUCUAAUCAAAAAUGGAAAAUUUGAGCUUUACAUUUGUGAUCAACAAUUAAAAACGGACGUAUUUCCGCAAAGUUGUAAAUCACAUCAUAGUAUCACUUUAAAUCAUGGGAGGCUGUUCUCUGGAAAGCAAAGAACAGACUCCCGCCCUUGAAAUGACCAUUCACUACGUUUUGAAGGAGUUCUCAUUGCUUUAGGAUUUCAAGUUUUAGCCAAAAUGGCGGUACUUAUGGUCAACCCUUAACCAACGUCUUUGGGGAGUAAUUUUACAUUUAGUGGUGUCAUCUCUCGGCUUGAUUAUUUCUUUAAUCACACCCAGUCAAUAAAAUACUUUCAUUUACAGUUACUCAGGGAUGAAUCUCAUAUAACGAAGUCACUUGCAUGUAAUACAUUGUAAUUCCAUAGUAUUAUAUAUCAAUAAUUAGCAUAAUAAUGCACCCUCAUCAACAUAUAAGUUCUCUGAUUAGCAUAGUAUUGACAUUAUAAGUCACAUAUAUCAUGUUUUGCAUAAAUAUCACUUCGUGGGGUCAUUAUGGUUGCUGCUUGAACCCUAUUCCUGUAAGGAUUUUUUAAACUAAAAGCUUAUAAUGGGUAAAUGCAGAACAUUCUGUGACUCCCAGCUCCCUCUAUAAGAAAAUCCGUCUUGACCCAUCAGACUUUAAAUUUCACGAAUUGAUCUACUCAUUUUCACCUACUAAUGAACACAUUAGAAUUGUGUGAAUUUUAAAUCUUGAAGCAUCAAGAUAAGAAUAUCCUGAUCCAAUCAUUUUAUACUCAUAAUAACAUUUUCAAACUUUCCCAGAAGACCAUCAGUUCGCGCCAAAAAAAAUCGGGAAAAGUGAACAUGUACAUGUAUAUCACAUGUAUUGUCUUGUUCUUGUUUUUGUGGUCAUUGUUGGUAGUCUUUAGAUUUUUCUGCAAAGGAAACAACUUGGCUGUUUGCUCGAGUAUUUUUGAGAGAAAAGUGUUUAGGUAAAGUAGAAGAAAGAUACAGGCAUUAUUUUGAUUGAUCUGGUUGUGGUCAUCUUGACCCGCAAUGUUAAUGCAUGAGAGUCAGGACGUGUUGUCUUGUACCAUUAGAAUCAUUGUUUUUGCAAGUGUGAAGUUUUUGCUUACAAGUGAGGUAACUUCAAAACUUCAACCAAGAUGAAAGUAAAAGUGAUCAUCGGUUGCAUCCAGACAUGUCGGAGCUUGAAAGCUUUCCAAAGGUUGGCCAAGAAAAACCUCCAUUCUGUUCUUUUUACUGAAUAUUUCUGGCUGCGAAAAUAAUGGUUCUUACUGUUCUUAAAGAUGGAAUCCUGUUGGAAUUUCUAAAGGCUCUCCGAAAUUCUGUUUGGCACUGUCAGUGUGACAAAGAAGGUGACUUUAACUCCUGGAUUGAUUUUUAAAAGUUUUUGAAUUUUCUCUCUGGACUUCUCCUUGAACAUAUUCUUUAAGUGUGUCUAUCUCUUCCUCUUUGAGAGUUAUUAGUAUUUUUGACACUUGAUAUUCAGGUCAAACACGUUUGAUUCAUAAUUAACUCAAUAUCAUUACAAUUAAUUCAUAAUUUAAAGAUUAUUGUACAAAUGUUUAAUUCUUGGUGCUUUUCAUGUUAUUGUCAUUUGCAUAUCAGACAUCCAUAAUCACGAAUAUAUUCAUGUAAUAUUCAUGAUUCAUGUAAUUAUAA